AUGGCUUUUGCUGCCCGCCACUCGUGGGAAGAUUUAGUAGAAGUUAAACUAGGAGGCACAAUUGAACUUGGAGAUGUAACACCCCACAAUAUUAGACAGUUAAAAAGGCUUAAUCAAGUUGUCUUUCCGGUCAGCUACAAUGAUAAAUUUUAUAAAGAUGUACUUGAGGCUGGCGAGUUAGCAAAAUUAGAAAUCUUUAUUAACAAAUUUUACAUUGAAUUCAGUACCUCUAGUAAUGGAAAUGCUGCAAUUGGGCAUUUUCUCUCAACCACUAGUUCAUCACAACUACCUUGUCAGUCUUUGAGUCGACUGUUUCUAGCUUUAACUGCUCCAUCUCAGCCUGUAGAAGAGAGAUGCUUUUUUGUGGAAUGUGUGGUCAGAGAGAGCCGCUGUCUGGACAUUACACACACUAUUCUACAUAGCUCACCACAAAAUGAUCCACGAAUUGUUUUAUUCAUCUGUGAUCUCCUCAACAACCAGACAGAAAACAUGAGUGAAAAACAGUUAGAGGACGUUUCAACAUUUCUUCAUUUUCUUCACAGAAUGGGAGCAUGUGUUCUUCCAUCCACCAAUAAGGAAGAUAACAAAGCUGCUUUAGAAAAUGAAAGUCUGGCUUGGAAGCAGAUAUUGGAUAGUGACCACGAACAGUGGAUCCAAACCAAUCGUGCUUCAGAGAGCAGGGUUCUCCAAAGACAUGAAAAUCUGGCAAAGUUGGUCUCCCAAAAUGCUAUGUUUGUGACACGAAUGGUAGUUGAAGCCCAGAACAUGGAGAGAAAACUGUUUAUUGAAAAUAUAAAAACCACAUAUAGUCAAGGUUUGGCAGCUAAAAGAGCAUGGCUUUCGAUGAUCACACAACUUACCCAUGAAAGAGCUUCUUGGUUUUUUGAAAAGUCUUAUCCACAAAGUUGGGAAUUAGAUCCAACAGAAGGACCCCAGCGGGUAAGGCGUCGGACUCGCCAUUGUCAUCUUCAUAUGAAUUCUCGUUUUUUAAUGCCAGAAUAUAAAUAUAAACUUGGCCCAACAAACCACUUGCCACCUCUUGCUUAUUUGUUUGAGGAAGAUGAUAUUGCAGCAGAUUCUGCAUCUCUGAUUGAGAAGCUACACAUGAAUGAAAGAAUCACUUACACAUGCACUUGUACCGUCAUUUCACCAUCACAAGAAACUCCUGGCGAAGUUCUUAUAGGAAAUCACUGCAUUCAUUUUGUGGGAGAAGAAACUACUGGACAGGUUGUUCGAGGAGACAGGGCAGUUGUUUCUCAAGCUUGGCCUUUUGAUAACAUCAAAGAAGUUGUCAAGAGAAGGUUUCAGCUGCAGGAUAAUGCCCUGGAAAUAUUCCUAACCAAUGGCCUAACUUACUUAGUUGCUUUUCACUCCACCAGGGAACAGGAGGAAUUUUUCUCUCACCUGAUGAAUUGUCCACUCCCCCACCUUGUGGAGACAGAAACCUUAACAGCACUGACACACAUGUGGCGUGAACGGACCUUGACUAACUUCGAGUACUUGACACAGUUAAAUAAAUUGGCUGGCCGUUCUUUCAAUGAUUUGAUGCAGUACCCUGUGUUUCCAUUUAUCCUGUGUGAUUAUUCCAGUCCAACUAUAAAUCUGAAAGAUCCUGAUACAUACAGAUGUUUGUCAAGACCAAUGGCAAUUCAGGACAAGUCCAAGGAACAGCAUUAUAUCAAGCUAUACAACUAUUUAAAAGCAGAAGAAGAACAAAGUACCUCGUCAGAUAUGAUGCUACCAGCAGCAGGUUCAUAUCACUAUGGGUCUCACUACAGUAACAGUGGAACAGUUCUGCAUUUCCUUGUUCGGCUUCCACCUUUUACUCAGAUGUUUCUGAGCUAUCAAGAUCACAACUUUGACAUACCGGAUCGGACAUUUCAUUCACUACGCACCACAUGGCGAUUAUCCAGUGGCGAUUCUACAACAGAUGUUAAAGAAUUGAUUCCUGAGUUCUUCUUCCUACCAGAGUUUCUCAUUAACUCGGAAGGGUUUAAUUUUGGUGUUAGACAAACAGGUGAAAGAGUUCAUGAUGUGUGUUUACCACCUUGGUGUAGAAAUGAUCCUCGUCUUUUCAUCUUGGUUCAUCGCCAGGCUUUAGAAUCAGAUUAUGUUACAGAAAACCUUCACAACUGGAUUGACUUGGUGUUUGGGUACAAGCAGACAGGAAAAGCUGCAAUAGAAGCUGUCAAUAUGUUCCACCCAGCUACUUAUUAUGGUGUGGAUGUUAACAAGACAGAAGACCCCCUGAAACGUAAAGCCCUACAGACAAUGAUCAAAACAUUUGGACAAAUGCCACGUCAGUUAUUUAAUUCUCCUCAUUCUGCAGUUGCCCAAUCUGGAAGUGAAGAGACUGUUUAUACACAUAGUGCAUUUGCAGAGGUUCAGGGCUUGAAGUGGGGAAGUUAUGUUGGUUCUUUAUGUGAAACCGAGCCUAAUCUCAUCUGGAGAAGAUCUCAUCCGGCUCCUCUUGGUUGCUUGCUGCCUCUUGUCACCAAUGACGUUUUUGGUUUGGCUCUCAAUACCUGUUUGAUGCUGAGCUACAAAAAAGAAAAAGUUUUUACUUUAUACAUGCAUUACCAGCUGUCAGGUCAUCACUCUGGUGAAGACAGUCAUCAUCCACUACUUUAUACAUGCAUUACUAGCCAUCAGGUCAUCACUCUGAUCUGUAUUUGUGCAUCUGUUCCUGAUUGUAAUCUGCUCUUUCUGGGUCACAUGUCUGGCAUUAUCAGGGUCCAUCAACUGAUCUGUGACUCCGUUAAGCUAAAGGUAGAAGAAAAGAAACCUUUUGUACAGCUGUGUGGCCAUUCGGGUCAAAUAUCUACUAUCCAGAUCUGCAAGGGUUAUAGCAUUGCAGUUAGUGGAAGUGACAAUGGACGAUGUAUUAUAUGGGAUCUCAAUAGGUUAUCCUAUGUUCGAACUCUCCAGAGUAGUGGACAACCUGUAUCUUUGAUUGCUAUCAGUGAAACAUUGGGAGAUGUAGCCAUUGUCAGUCAUAUUGAUACAACAAGUCUUCUGAAGGUUUAUACAAUAAAUGGUAAAACCGUAGGUGAAGUCUAUACUUCUCAUGUUACUGCUCUCUGCUACUCCUCAGCUCCCGAAGGAGUGUCCAUCAAUGUAAUAGCCACUGGUCAUUUCAAUGGAAGUAUUAGGUUGUGGAGUUCAUGGGAUUUGAGUCCCGUCAGACUGAUCAAGGCUGAACGAUUUACCUGUCCUGUAGUUUGCUUAACAUACUCCUUUGACAAUCAACAUCUGUAUGCAGCUAACUCGGAAGGAACUGUACUUGUUUGGGAGAGACCAGUUAGAGGGUUGAUGAAGACACCUCGGUUUCUUACACUGAUCUAAACAACUCAAACUUUCCGGCACUGAUAAGUUUCCAGUGCAUGUGACUAAUGUGAAUUACUUCCGGGUUCUCAUUUUUGAAAGUUAAACGGGAUGUUCUCUGAAAACAAUAUGCUGAUGUUUCAAAAAGAAUCUUCAUUUGAUACAUAAAGUGUUUAUUGUUGUAAGAAUUAUGAAUUUAAAUCACUAUUGGCCACAUUUAGUGUUAGUUUGCUUUCAAUUGGGACCAAAUAGUUUGAUAGUGUUUGUAAAAGUAAAGUCUAAGGUAAGCUUGAACAGAUUUUUUGUAUUAGAUAAUAAAAGGUACUUGAGAAAUUCUCCAGGAUCUCUCGACAAAUCCUGUAGUCAGCCAGGUUGUACGAUAAAUAGUUUACCAUUUAUUUUAUCACCAUUACAUUACUCUCGGAUUCAGAAUCCAGCGAUUGUUUCACCUGUGAAUGUUCUGAGAACUACAAAACAAUUCGUAUUUAGAACAAUAUGUAAGGUUAUUGGGCUUUAAGAAAAAUCGUUUUUGGUUUUAGUUUUGUUGUAUCUUUUGAAGCUGUGUUACAGUAUGAAUACACGAAACACGUUAAUGAUUGAAGUACAUAUUUUUCUAGAGUUUCUGUAGCUAAGAAUUGAUAUAGAUGAGCUUCACAGCUCUGCUGAUGUUCAGUUAAACAGUCUAGUCAGUGGGAAUUUAUAUUUAUAUUUCAACAGUAGUUUAGUGUUUUUUGCAAAGUUUGAAUUUGUUCAUUUACAAACUGAAUGUGUUGUAUUAGCAAAGAUUUAGUGUAGAGGCUAAUUGUACUGUUUUCAGAGAGAGAGAAAUCAAUACCUAUCUAUGCUUUCCCAAGUUCCUACAGUUUCUCUAUUCAUUACAAUUUUUUAAAAUCAAAGUUAGCUUGAGGGAAGAGCAGUUUUUAAUACUGAUCAAGUUUCAUUGUGAAUAUUUUUCUGUGAAACGAAAUUUUAAAAUAUUUUCUUAUGUAAGUUUUAGAUUUUUCCAGCAUAAAGUACGUAUAACAUUUAUUUUUAGGAUGUAAAUUAUAAUACACAUCAUGUAUCAUGAGCUUCAGGUCAGUAGCAUGUAAAUCAGCUUCUUCUGUUGAACUUGUUGCUAUAAUAUAUGGUGGUAUGAUUCUUUUAGUUACAUGCAACACCUUAAGUACACAUUACUGAGUUUCUGUAAUCAUGGACCUGUUAGUAUACGAGGUUAAGUGCUCUCCUGUUGAGUGUGGUCUUCAGUGUGCAUAUGCCUUGUAAGAAUUGUUGUAUUCAUUAGUAGAGGUCAUGAUGCUUUCCCAUGUGCUUUUAAUAUUUUUGUCAUUUAAAAGAAACGCUGCAAGUAUAUUUUUGUUAAAUACUAUCAUGUUUAAAAUUUAAAACCGUAGUGUUCUCUAUUUCCCUCAUACAACGUAGGAAUUGAGUGCCACUCCAAUUUUUUUAAUCUCUGUAUUAUAGUGAAUGUAAAAAUUGAAAUUUUAUUCUUUAAAAGGAAUGAAGAUUGUAUAAUAAAUAGUGACGUUUUUAAUCUAAUGGUUAUACAAUAAAAAAGCUACUUUACAUCAAGUUCACUGUACUUUACACUGAAAAAUAUUAAAUUCAAAAAUCUCACAUCUUAGUAUUACUUACUGCAGCUUUUAGUUUAAUUGUAUUACUAGCAGGUUUGAAACUAUCUAAGCUUGAAAGGUGAUGAACAUGAUUAUUGGUAUCGUAUUAUAGCUGAGAUUUUUAACACUUGUACAACACUUAGCCCGAAGUUGUAAACUUAAGUUGACAUUUGAAAGUGCUUUGAUGUUGUUUUUAAUCUUGUUAAAAUUAUUGUCUGCUAAACUGUCAUUGUUUAUGUAUUAUAACACGUGUGAAUAGUUUGUAACUUAACACUUAUUCAAAAAAAAACAUUUAAAAUCAUUCUUGGAAGUACUUAAAAAACAAAAAACGGUAAGUUCAGGGACGGGAAGUGUUUAAAAACUAGAAUGACCUGUAAUUAUACAAGCUGUGUAGCUGAACGUCACUGUACAGUACUUCUCUAUCUCAAGAUUAACCACAGUCAACCGUUUAUUGUUUAACCUACAUAGUUUAGUGUACAGUCCUCCUCUAUCUCAAGAUUAACCACAGUCAACCGUUUAUUGUUUAACCUACAUAGUUUAGUGUACAGUCCUCCUCUAUCUCAAGAUUAACCACAGUCAACCGUUUAUUGUUUAACCUACAUAGUUUUCCCAUACAGUCCUCCUCUAUCUCAAGAUUAACCACAUUCAACCGUUUAUUGUUUGACUUGCACAGUUUUGUGUACAGUCCUUCUCUGUCUCAAGAUUUACCACAGUUGACCAUUUAUUGUUUGACAUACAUAGUUUUAUGUACAGUCCUUCUAUAUCUCAGGAUUAACCACAGUCAACUGUUUAUUGUUUGACUUCCAUAGUUUUGUGUACAGUCUUUCUCUAUCUCAAGAUUAACCACAGUUGACCAUUUAUUGUUUGACUUGCAUAGUUUUGUGUACAGUCCUUCUAUAUCUCAGGAUUAACCACAGUCAACUGUUUAUUGUUUGACUUCCAUAGUUUUGUGUACAGUCCUUCUGUAUCUCGAGAUAAACACAGUCAGCUGUUUAUUGUUUGACCUACAAAGUUUUGUGUACAGUCCUUCUGUAUCUCAAGUGUACCAAUGUUGGCCGUUUGUUUGACUUGUGUAGUUUUACUGAGUGUACACCACAAUAUGCUUUAGUUGAUAAAGUAAUAAACUACAGACCUGAAGGUUACUGGAUAAUUAAACUUUCUGUAUUGGAUAAACAGCAGUUUGCAUGAUUUGUCAGUUUUCUGUUGAUAAGAUCUUUUGUACUUGAAGAACAUUUACCAUGAGAACUAAGUCCACAAUGUUGGUAGAGAUUUGAAAAAACAUCAUAUUAAGUAGUUAUCAGCUUACACUUCCAUAAAAACUUCCUUCUUAGAAAUCUAUAGAAUGUUGGAAAUCAUAAUUUGUUUGUUUUGGUGGUCUCUUCAGGUGCAUCAUCCUGUUUGUAUUUAUUAGUCCUUUCAGCACUUAAAUUAUAGUGUUAAGACCGACAGUAUCAUUCAAAUUUAUCAAAAAAAAAGGAUCUGAAAAUAAAUUUUGCUUCUGUUUAACUUUGGGCGAUAAUUACGACACCGGUGGAACAUGUCUCCAUUUUUUGUGGAUAUGAAAAUAUGUUUUUACAAAAUUAAAGAUAGUUAGAAAUUUGUGAUAGAAAUAUUUAAAUUGAGCAUUGUAACAAAAUGUCAGAAAAAUUAAUGAAUUUUAUUCGGCAAUGUGCCAGAUCUAAAAUUUCAUUUUCAUCCAAUUUUUUGAUCUCUAGCCACACAGAGUUGUGUAAAUAGUGUUUUCUUUUACAUGUGUGGUUUUGAGAAUAUUUAGAAGUUGUUUUACUUGUCAGAAUGGAUUUUGUGGUAUUCAGAAAAUAGCUGUGUAGUCCUUAUGCUUAAUGCUGCUCUUAAUAAACAUUUUAGAAGAAUUGGUGCUCUCAAAAAAUUUGUCUGUGUAAUAACAUUUGUAAUGAAAAUAAAAGUUUAACUUAGUUCAAAAAAA